UUUGCGCUCCUAUCUGCUUUUCGUCCUGUGCUUACAAACGAUGAUCCGCCAGCCUCCAGCCGCAAUCAGCAUAGCAAACAAGGAUGUCGAGGAGCUGGCCGCGCUGCAGAGCCAGAGCAACACCACGCCAAUUCGCCGCCCCGCCGAGCUGCCGCGCGAUGGACACCGCGAGGAGCGGAUUCCGACGCCAACACAUGACGCUCCAGGAGCGCAUUGGCCUUGUGAGCAAAUCCGGAAACCGCGAUUGGCAGUAAUUGGCGAGCCACAGACUGGCAGAGCCGGCGAGCCGGGCCAGCCGGGCAGUGACCUGGCGCUAGCACAGCACAGCAGCAGCCCAGAUACGCUGGCGGUCCUCAGAACCAGCUCGCGCCCAUCCAAAGUGCUACAGGGGCAGGCGCUGCUGCCUUCGCUUCCGCCUAUCAGCAACACCUACGCCCGGUCGCCAUCGUUCACCAGCACGCAGGCAUCGGCGAUUCCCAGGCAUGAAGAGCACACCUGGCGCGCAGACGCUUAUGCUUCGGGCAGCCAGUCGCAGGUGCAGUCGGGUGCGCGUAUAUCGACGCCUGCAGGCGGAAUUGUGUCACCAAGCGCACGCGCUCCGUCGUCGGCGCAGAUGCCGCUGCCCCAGCAGGCUUCAUCAGUGCCGCCAGGAAAGCAGAUGCAGUCGCCGAUGGUGCAGCGUACCGCAUCGGUGCAGAACUCGCCAAUUCCUCCUAUGGUCCAGGCCUCGCCGAGAGCACCAGCCAUGAGCACGCCUCAGGCUUCAUCAGGGGCCACAUUCUCAGUUGUAUCCAGGCAGCCUUCCAGCACUGCAGCUGCCUCUGCGGUCUCGACAAAUACUGGCAACGGACCGGCUGCUGCUGUGACCCGAGUUGCGCCAUCGGUCUCUGCACCCUCAGGCAACCGCAAGCAUAGCAGCUGCGCAGCCUCAGCUACAUCAGGUGCAGCAGCGGAUGCCGCUGGCCGCCCGCUGAACGUACGUGAUGCGCUGAGCUAUCUGGAUAUGGUAAAGUCGCAGUUCCAAGACCGGCCCGAGGUGUACAACCAGUUCCUGGACAUCAUGAAAGACUUCAAGAGCCACACCAUCGACACACCGGGUGUCAUUGAGCGUGGAUUCAACACGUUCCUGCCGCCUGGGUACCGCAUUGACGUGUCUGAUGAUCCGAACGAGGGCGUGCGUGUCACGACCCCGAGCGGCUCACCCCAGAGCCCUCUGGCGGCCUCGCACUCGCAGUCCCACCAGUACGGCGCGCAGCGUGGCCCUUCGCGUGAGCAGUACCUGUCUCGCCAGGGCUCGGCAUCGGCCAGCGGAACCACUCAGCAGCAUGCCCAUCCGCAGACGAGUCUGGCAGCAUACGGUGGUUCUGGUGCUGCGGUGUCUGGAAAUGGAGCCCAGGCGGCAGCGGCAGCUCGGGCACCCAGCCAGUUCAACCACGCGAUAAACUACCCCGACCACUACAAGGAGUUCUUGGAGAUCCUGCAGACGUACCAGAAGGAGUCGCGGCCGAUCCAGGACGUCUACUCGCAGGUGCAGGUCCUGUUUGCGUCGGCCCCUGAUCUGCUCGAUGAGUUUAAGCAGUUUUUGCCUGAUACCUCUGAGUCGGGAGGACAGGGGGCUGGGGGCGGCAUAAUCGGUGGGCAUGGCUCGGCUGCAUCGCCUGCAGCUGGCCACGCCAGAUCUGGCAGCUCGCUCCUUCAGGGGCAGCAGGGGGUUGCCGGCAGAGCUGGCGGCGAUGCUGUUGCUAGCAGCCGCCUGCCACCAGUGGGCAACUUCACCCCGACUGGAGCUCUGGCGGAGUGGCUAACUCGGCAAGCUGCAGGUGGAGCAGCGGCAUCUGGGACUGGCCGUAAGCGCCGCAAUGUGAUGGGCAGCGGCAAUGCGCAGGUGCCUGGUGCUACCGCGUCGAAGCGUCGCAACAAGGGGAGCAAGCAUGAGAGCAAUGCACUGCCGGUGCCAAUGGGCGAUGCGGCAGCAGCUGGUCUGUACGGACAGGCGAUGCCUGACGCCGCCAUGAUCCAAAUGCCUCAGAACCCGGCCACAGCGACGUCGGACGAACUUGUGUUCUUUGAGCGUGUCAAGCGGUUUAUCGGGCAGCCAGCUACAUACAACGAGUUCCUGAAGCUGCUGAACAUGUACAACCAGGAGGUGCUCGAUGCCAAGGGGCUGAUGGACCGUGCAGCGAGCUUUAUCGGUGAUGACCGUGAGCUGAUGGCGUGGUUCAAGCAGUUUGUCGGGUACGACGAGCGGCAGCAGUCGGUGGAGGACAGCCGGUCGAGCGACGAGGCGAUCAUGGAGUCGCUUCUGGGCCCUGAGCCCCAGGCGUACCUGACACCCGAGGAUGCAGCCAAGACGCUGCGGCCAGUGCGGCAAAAGGCUGAUCUGACAAACUGCAAGUCGUACGGCCCUAGCUACCGCCUGCUGCCACCGUCGGCAACUCAAGCAAAGUGCUCUGGCCGCGAUGCAAUGUGCUACGAGGUCCUCAACGACAAGUGGGCGUCGCAUCCUACGUGGGCAUCGGAGGACACGGACUUUAUGCACCAUAAGAAGAACUGCUACGAGGAUGGUCUGUUCCGCACAGAGGAGGACCGGCAUGAGAUGGAUAUUGAGAUCGACACCAACCUGUCUCAGAUCGAGAAGAUGGACCCCGAGCAGGCGAUGCAGCUAACAUUGCCCGAGAACUUCUGGGGCAUGUCCGAGGCACUUCCGCGGCGAGCACUGCGCAAGGUGUACGACUCGCACCGGGCGCUGGAGAUCAUCAAGGCGAUGCACACGCAUCCGUCGGUGGCAAUCCCGAUCGUGGUCAAGCGGCUGAAGCAAAAGGACGAGGAGUGGCGGCGGCAGCGCCGCGAGUGCUCCAAGGCAUGGCGCGAGUCUGAUGCCAAGAACUUUUACAAGGCGCUGGACCACCAGGGACUCACAUUCAAGUCGACGGACCGCAAAAACAUCUCGCCCAAGCACCUGGUGCAGGAGAUUGAGACUCGGCGGCGCGAGCAGCAGAACCUGGCUGAUGAAGGCGGAGCGCGGGCGCAGAGCCGCAAGGUUGCGUCGGCGCUGCGGCACCGGUACCAGCUGGAGUACAAAUUCACAGAGCCCACAGUCAUUGCCGAUGUAAUCAAUGCGAUUCUGGCGCAUGUGGGCAAGCCGAACUCGCAGUUCGUCGCGUCCGAGAAGGAGUCGAUGGAAAAACUGUUCCAGGAGCUGUUUGACGGGCUGCUGGGCGUCGAAAAGUCGGCAGAUGACUCCUCGACCGAGAAGCAGCAGCAGCAGCAGCAGAAGUCGUCGUCGGCAGUGACAAACGGAGCGUCGUCGGCAUCGCCGUCGCCCGGUGCUGACUCAGGCAAGGCCAAUGGCAAAGGUGGCGACAAAGGCAAUGACAGUGAUGGCGUGGCCAUGGACGUUGACGGUGCCAAGGAGGAGGGCAAGCCGCAGCAGGCAAGCGAGGAGGGCGGCAGCAAGCCGUCAACGCCUGGGCUGAUUUCAUCGCGGUCGUGGAUCCAGCUUGGCACGAAUGGCAAGCGUAACGCAGCGGCAGAGGCAGAAGCGGAGGCAGCCAAGCAGGCGUCAGGUUCUAAGAGCGUGUCGCGGGCGUUCUACACCAACAGCAACUACUACGUGUUCCUGCGUCUGUUCCAGAUCCUGUAUGAUCGGUUCAACGUGCUUCGCGAGAUCGGACCCGAGUGCCAGAAGAAGGCGCAGUACGAGCAGCAGAUGGCGUCAGCGGCGAGCAAGCUCGGGAUGCGGCCGCAGCCGUCGGCACUCCAGGCGUUUGACCUGCAGACGACGGACUACUACACGGUGUUCCUGGACCUGGUGGACCAGUACCUGCAGGGCCAGCUGGAGACAAGCCAGUUUGACGAGGCGAUGCGGGUGAUGUACAACACCAGCGCGUACCGGAUUCUGACGGUGGACAAGGUGGUGCAGGCGAUUGCCAAGAACAUGCAGCACCUGAUCAGCGACAGCAAGUGUGUGGACAUCCUCGAGCUCUUCACAACGCUGCCAGCGGUGCACGAGCAGAGCCCGCUGCGGUCGCACAUUGCAUACCGCAUGAAGGUGGAGACGCUGGUGGGGGCGGACGAUCACGUGUUCCGAGUGGAUUACAUCUACGACGCACGGACGAUGACGAUCCAGCUGCUGCGGCGCGAGGAUAUCACGCUCGACGAGGCGGUGACGGAAGAGGAGCGGUGGGCGUACUAUGUGGACUCGUAUGUGCUGUUUGAGCCCACGGAGGGCGUGCCACGGUUGCAGCAGGCGCGGGCGCGGCCGUAUCUGCCGCGGCACCUGCACGCAGACGAGCGCGAGUAUGUUGUGAGCUCGCGGUCGAACCUGGAGAUCAAGAUUGCGGUGAACACGUACAAGCUGUGCUUCCUAACAGGCACCGAGGACAUUUAUAUCAACCACACGCGGCGUGCGGUGUUGGCAGACGACGCGGCCAAGAGAGCGUAUGCCGAGCAGUGGGCAGGCCGCACUGAGAGGUGGCAGAGCUGGGUUGCGCGCGAGCACGAGGCAAGCGGCGCCGAGCUCGUCGAGUGGUGGAAGUAG